GCGUCUGCAACGGAACAUCCCACUUUUGGGCACCCGACCAAGAUGAUGUCCUCUCGUAAGCAGAAAGCCGACAUCUUCAUCCGUCAGAAGACCCGUCCGGAGCAUCAUCUCGACAGCAACCGGGUGUCUGGGCCCAGAGCGCCAGCCUACGAGCCUCGCCAUGCUCCUCCCCCGCCCAUGUUCUCUUCGAUCGGACCGGGACCGACAUCGACAUCGACGCCAAUACCUCAUCAACCGCGUCUUAAAGACGAGACAUUCUAUACAGAUCCUGCCAAAGCUAACCAGGAUCUAAAGGCCUUGCUGGAGGGAGGCAUGGAGGGCGAUGACGAUGAAGGAGUGGAAGCCGACGAAGCGCAACAGCCACAACUACGAGGAGAAGACAAGAAAGCCAAAGAUAGCUCGGUGCCAAAAGAUCCCAAAACUAUUGCCAAAGACGGCAAUGUGGAUGGCCUCAAGGUGCCACUGCUUCCUCACCAAGUUGAAGGCGUGAACUGGAUGCGAGGCCGUGAACUUGGGCCGGUCAAGAAGGGCACCGUCCCCAAGGGCGGGCUGCUUGCUGAUGACAUGGGACUGGGAAAGACGCUACAGUCGAUUUCACUCAUUCUCCUCAACCAAAAACCAAGGAAAGACGAAGAUGGCUGGCAUAAAUCGUUCCAAAAAGUUGACAAGACGACUCUUGUUGUUGCCCCUCUAGCACUCAUCAGGCAAUGGGAAUCGGAAAUCAGCGAGAAGGUAGCCACAACACACGGGUUGAACGUUCUCGUGCACCAUGGACCUCAGCGGACAAAGAAUUCUGAAGAUCUCAAGGUCUAUGAUGUUGUCAUUACUACUUACCAGAUUCUCGUCUCUGAACAUGGUAAAUUCCUGGAUGGUGUCAAGGGAGGCUGCUUUGGGCUUCAUUGGUGGCGAGUUAUCCUGGAUGAGGCACACACUAUCAAGAACCGCAAUGCAAAAGCCACCAAGGCUUGCUGCGCACUACAAUCCGAAUACCGUUGGUGCCUUUCAGGUACGCCGAUGCAGAAUAACCUCGAGGAGCUGCAAUCUCUCAUCAAUUUUCUUCGCAUCAAGCCCUACAGUGAUCUUCGAGCGUGGAAAGAUCAUAUCGAACUUCCCCUCAAGGGCGGAAAAGGUCAUAUUGCGCUCGGUAGGCUUCACAGCUUUCUUCGCUGUUUCAUGAAGAGGCGGACAAAAGAAAUCUUGAAACAGGAUGGCGCACUCGUUCCUGGUGGAGUGCCGUCUGCUGAUGGCGCAGCCACUGUUAAUGGGUUCAGACACACAAACCGCAAGGUAGUCACUGUUGCUGCCGAGCUGUCUCCCGCGGAACGCAGAUUUUAUCAAAGAUUGGAAGCUCGCGCCGACCGAAGCAUAACCAAGAUGAUGAAGGAGAAGAUAAGCUACGCUAAUGCCUUUACACUGCUGCUACGUCUAAGGCAAGCGUGCAAUCACCCAAAGCUUCUUGAAGGCAAGCUAGGAGCGGACAAGGACGCCUUAUCCACGGGCUAUUCAAGUCCAAAACAGCAAGAUGCGGAUGUUGACUCGGUGGCCGAUUUGCUGUCAGGUAUGGGGAUAAGUACUAAAGAAUGCAGCAUUUGUGGCCGGCCGGUGGAGAAGAAACAGCGGGAUGCUGGGAAUGACAACUGUGCCGAGUGUGCUUCGGAUCUAGCGUUCUUUUAUGGAGAGACGAAGCCGGAGAAAGGGGAGACCAAGAAGGCUACAAAGAUUGUAUCUUCCGGAUCGAAGAUGAAAGAACCCAAGGUGAAAGAACCCAAACAAACUUCUCGCCGCCGUCGAAACCGCAAUGCUAUUAUCGACAGUGAAGACGAAGACGAAGAAGCUGAUGGCAGCUGGCUUGUCUCGGAAGACGAGCGAGGCGCUUUACGACUAGGCAAGGCUGGCGGAGAGGAAGAUGAAAAUGCAGAAGGUGGAGGGGACUCGAUAGGAUCAGAGGACUCUGAAGAUUCUGAAGAAGAUGACGACGAUGAGAGCAAUCUCGACAGCUUUGUGGUGGAUGACUCCAUCGCCAGAAAGGAGAAAGGGUACAAGUCUACGCUUAAAGAUAAGAAACCCAAGAAAUCAAAGGCCGUCGUUUCUGCCUCCGGUGGUUCUGAAUCCGAGACUGAUUCAGAAGACGACGACGACGACGACGCAGAAGAAUCUGAGGAAGAAGAAUUAGACUCUGAAGAGGAAGAAUCCGACUCUGAAGAAGAAGAAGAAGACUCUGAAGAGGAAGAAUCAGACUCUGAAGAAUCCGACUCUCAUGGUUCGUCCGCGUACGACCCUUCGCCACCAAGCGACAAGCACAGCAUUCUUUCCUCCGCCAAGAUCCGCGAGCUCACCAGGCUGCUACGCGCAGAGGCCCACGAGCACAAGUUUAUCGUCUUCUCGCAGUUUACUUCCAUGCUGGACCUGGUCGAGCCGUUCCUUCGUAAGGAACAGCUGCGCUUCACACGCUAUGACGGUAGCAUGAAGAACGAUGAGCGGGAAGAAAGCUUGCGAAAACUGCGCGAGGACAAGAAGACGAGAGUGCUUCUGUGUAGCUUGAAGUGUGGUAGCUUGGGCUUGAACUUGACUGCUGCGACGAGGGUUAUUAUUAUCGAGCCAUUUUGGAAUCCCUUUGUCGAAGAGCAGGCCAUUGACCGUGUCCACCGUCUCACGCAAACCAUUGACGUCGUCGUCUACAAGCUCACCGUCACUCACACCGUCGAAGACGGUAUCCUCGCCCUCCAAGAGAAGAAGCGCCUCCUCGCCGAGCAGACCAUCGAAGGCAGCUCCAGGAAGGGCGCGCUCAAGCUGGGCAUCAACGAAAUCAUUGAUCUGUUCAAG